AUGUUAGUUGUAAAUCGAUGUUCUGAUGAAGUUCGAUCAAGGACAGAAGUUCAGGAGAAUCCAAGACCUUAUGCGGGUAAAACUUUGGCAUUUAUAUUGCCGUUAGUUGAACGUUUACAAAAUGAGGGUGUAGGUCGUGAGCGUGAUCGUCAACCACGUGCAUUGAUUAUGGGACCAGUAAGGGAAUUCGUCAAAGAAAUUAGUGAUCAUAUUCAUUCAAUUAAUUCUGAUCUAUCAGUUGCUACGAUUUACGGCGAUGAAAAAUAUGAAGAUCAAGGAUCAAGUAGCAUAGUCAAUAACCUACGUCUUCACAGAUUUCUGAGGGUCUCAUAG